AUUUUACAGUUGUAUAUAUUUGUUAAAUUUUAAGUGAGAUACUGAAAAUCAUAAAAUGACACACACUUAAACUUUAGCGACUUGGAAUCCAUCCAUGGGAAAGUGUUUCAUCUCCCUGAUCCCAUUACUCGCGGGUUCUUCUUGCCCAAACACCCUCCCGCCCAAAAUACUCUUCUUGAUCUUGUUUCUUAACAGCGCUCACAGCUCUCAUUGAGCCCUGGUGGAUUUAUUAAUCUCUUUUAACCCAUUUUUUAAGUUUUUCUACACAUUUGGACAUUUGUGUUAUCGGAGUGUUCGCCUGCCAUCAUGGCGACGAGCGGCUCGCAGACGGACGUGAAGGGCUCUCUGAACGGGAGCAUGGAUUUGUAUCACAGCUGGUUCGGUUCUACGACCCCACGACCUCCUCUACGAAACUACCUGCUCCUGACCAUCCUCACCUGCUUCUGUCCGGCCUACCCUGUCAACAUUUUAGCCCUGGUCUUCUCUGUAAUGUCCAGAAACAGUUAUGAUCAGGGAGAUUAUGAUGGUUCGGAGGCGUUUAGGGAAGAUGGCGCUUUAUGUGUCCAUUGCCUCCAUCAUCAUCGGCAUCCUCAUCAUCACCAUCUUCUGCGCUGUGCAUUUCAGCAUGAAGGAAGAGUAAGCUGACAGUAUUUUUGCCUUGCUGUGCUCUGGGCGAAAGACGUCCACUGGGUCGCUCUGUCUGUCGAACUGAACAGAGAUUUUAGUAAUGAAACCAUGAGCAGAACAGAUCCAGGACAUCAGCCCUCCCCCAUGUGCAAUCCAGCUCUGAAAGAACAUGCUUAUAGAAAAAAAGGUAGAUGACUUGAAAAGUUAUGCCAUUUUUGUCAAGAAAUUUUUACAGAAAAUCACAUUCAAUAUACGCACUCUUAAAUCACUGAAUAUUAUGCAUCCAUGCACAUACUGAAUAUGUAAAUAAUUUUGUAACCCACACAUGUCUAUUCUUAAAUGUCUGAAAUGUAUACGUUUUCAGGGUUGAAUGUCACUGCAAAACUGAUUAAUCAUGACCUUAACUAGUAAAUAUCAUUACAGCACUGUUUACAGUCAAGUCUUAACAGCUCCUUUAAAUUCUGUAUAAAACUACUCAUGAACAUACUGAAUAUGUAAAUAUAACACAUUUUUGGUGCUUAGUGUUUUCCUCUGGCAGUAGAUCAUUAAAAUAAGAAAAGGGUCUUAAUUUUUAUAACUUUUGGAGUUUUUUUUUCCUUUUUAAAUACUGAUUCUAUGUAUUUGAGUUAAAAUUAUUUUUGUUUAUUCAUGUAGACUAGUCUAUUGUGGAGAUGUUUGUGUUGUUGAAUGUUUUACAAAUUGAAAUUAUGCUAAUUGGGAAUUAAAUGUUUGAAUAAACUUGUCCUAAUUAAAUAAUAAACUUAAUUUCUAAAGCACCAUUCAUGCAAAGCUGAAAUAUGUAAUUUUCUUUUGCCACUACCACAAUUGCACAAAACUGUAAAACUAAUAUUUUUCAACCAACAACUAUGUGUGGAAUAAUAAUAAUAAUAAUAAUAGUAGUAGUAAUAAUAAUGCCAAUUAUGCAAUCUGAACAACUUCCAUGCAUAAGAUUCUGGAAAUAAAAUGGGUCUCACAUUGACUUUAAAGUCAAAGUUGUUCUAGUGACAGUCCUAAACUUAUGUAGGUCAGAUAAGAUCACUAACGGAAGUGGGAAAUGACAGCGGUACAUUGAGGCAAAAACUAUUGCCCCUAAUUUAUUUUUCUCUCUCCCCUGACCCCCUUAAUCUUCAGUCCAGAGAGCUGGUGUAUUUGGAGAUGUACCUCCAGCCCUCAUUAGUGCUAUAUAUAGUGUUGGGUCUCAAUCCUGCGGUGGUGUCAGGGGCCUCUUGUUAUCCCAGCGUGUUCAGGCCAGUGGGGUCACCUGACACAGGAUAGCUGGUUCAGCACUGCUUGUGCUGAAAAACAUAAGAAUGUCUACACGCUCCUGGGAAACACUUCAGCCCGGUAAACAGGCUGAGGUACAAAAGUAGAUAGAUUAUAUGUUUUUACAUUCUGGAUUUAUUGUUAUUUGUUAUGUGUUAAAGUUUUGUUUUUUAAAAAGACGCCACAGAACAUGAUAUCACGACCGUUUAAUAUCCCGCUGUAAACGAUUAGUGCCCCAGCUAACAGGGACAAAAUGUUCCUAAGAUAAUAUUUAUCAAACAUUCUAAUAAUGUUAUUGAUAGUAAAUUAUGUUCUCGUAAUGUUGAGAGCACAUGUUAGAACAACGUUCUUAGAACAUCAUUAUGAUGUUAUCUGUAGGCCUAGCCUACUUAAAUGUUGUAAGAAAACAUUUUUAAAAUAACUU